GGGGAAUUGAAUUGAAAACAAACCUUUGCUAAUGCAGCAAGCUAACGGAGGUUUGAGGCUAACUCCGAAGAUCGUAAUUUAUAAUUCUUCUCUUUGCCGUUCAUCAAAAUAGGCGGAAGAAAGAACGCUGCUUCAAUCUCAUUCCCACCACAUUACAGUUUUCUGUGUUCCAUUUGUAGAUUGUUAGCAAUGUGUGAAUCAAACAAGAUUGACAUCACUCGCCGUGCUUUUGGAGGUGAUUUUUCAUUUGGCGCUGCAACGUCUGCUUACCAGAUUGAAGGUGCUUGGAACGCCGGUGGUAAAGGCAUGAGUAAUUGGGACUAUUUCACACAGAUGAAACCUGGUGGAGUUGCGGAUGCUAGCAAUGGAUGUGUUGCUGUUGAUCAUUAUAAUAUGUUUAAGGUUUAUAUGCUUCAGCAGUUUAGUGCAUUGUAGCACAAAUUUCUAGUAAUGAAGUUCAUGACAUGUUUGGUAAGGUAGAUUGAAUAUUAAACAUUACUAAAUGAGAAAAAAUUGUUAUUUGUAAUGAAA